AUGGAUUUGAUUGAAGUUGAGGAUGUUGAGGACGAUGAAGUGCUACCUGAACUUGACCCGUUGCAUUUGGAAGAUUUAAAUUUCUCCUUUCAGGAGGAUAUUGAACAUUUGAACUCGUCUGCUUCAGGUUUUGCUGGCUACACGUCUCAGGACCUGGCACGCCAUCAAUCCCCGGACUCAGGUUUAGAUGCCGACACGCAGGAUGAGGCUCAUGAAGAUGGAGUUGAGUUCAUCGAUCGAACUGCUCAGGAGAGUUUUGAUUUCAAUACAGGUACGAAUGCAUGCAUUGUAGACAAAACUGAUUGGGCACUGACUGUGAAUCAUGCCUUCGAACGUCACAAAGCUCUGGACCCUGCCAUGAAGCUUCCGUGGGAACAACCUUCGAUGCAGGGAAUCUUUCACAACAGUCUGGGCCUCAACUUACCACAAGUGCAUGGUUUAGCUUUGGAACUGCCUGCAAAACAGAUUGAAGAUAGAAAUCAAAUCUCGGUCAGCGGAGAAGUUGAAGCUUGUACAGAUGCUGCUUUUCUGAGUGCAGUGAAGGACAUUCAGGACUUGGACUAUUUUGAAAACAAACGACAGCAGACAGAUUUGGCUUGUGCAAAGUGGCUUGAUAUCCUUUCCAACACAUCAGGCCCCUCCUAUGGAGCUUGA